AUGCUCUUGUCACUCGUAAUUUUCCUUUUCAUCACAUCAAAUCACAUCACCGAUCCACCUCGUCUCUCUUUAUCUCCCCCUCCUACUUUAUCGAAUCCGCUUCAUGACACACAACUCGUCGCUUCCUUCUUUGUUGGAGCAGCUGGCUUGUUUCAUCAACUACUUAAUAUGGACUCAGCUUCUACAUUCUACUUCCGAUUUGAUAAGUGCAACACUUUUCUUAAUGCCAGUUCCAGGGCAUUUUCGAAGCCUUUUAUCUCCAGCGCCUAUACGUCCCCGCAGAAGUGUGUCUCUAAGCUGGGGGCACACGUUAUCAACACGCAGAUCGACUACAAGGAGAAUUCUUUCACGAACUUAUUGCCAUGUGAUGAAACUCCCAUGAAAUGGCGAUACCUACUUAAGAGGAGAUACGAGGAGAGGACAAAGCUGGAGGAAGCGCUCUUUACAAUCAAUCUUCUGACCAAAGAGCUUCACGCAAAAGCCUAUGUGCCAACGAAUCCUCAACUCAAAUUAGCUGCGAUUAGUAGUGCUUGGCAAACUCUGGAACACACAGAGCAUGACUACGAAGAAGCUAUCAGAAACGCCUAUCUCCGGCUUGAAAAAUACGACAAAAUAGUUCGCAAGUUCGAGCACAAGGCGAGUCUUCGCGAGGAUUGGUUGACGGAAAUGGAGGAUCUUUCCGAAAGCCUCCAAAAGGCACCAGGAACUCAAAUUGGUUCAGCAAGAAAGGCUGAAGCCCUUAGAAUGGAAAUUGAAAGCAAAGAAAAACGUUUCAAAGAACUGGACAAUUUGGCUACAGAAAUCGGCAGGUAUAGAGAGUAUCGACAGGGCACUGGGGUCCUACAACUCAAUGGGAAAAUUCAAAAUCGCUGGUCCAAUCUUAGCGGACCCAAAAUGCGCGCUCUUUUAGCUCGUCUUGCGUUUCCUCAGACUCGAGCUGACUUGUUGCAACAACUGGAAGUAAUGACGAAAAAAAUUAAAGAACUUGAAACACAGCUGACACAUCCAACAAAGGGUGAAAUUGAAGCCAAGAAGAAUGGUGAAAAGACAUUGUCCCUGGAAGUGAUUCAAGCCGCGUUGGAUAGACAUCGUUUGGCGGAAGCGGAAUUCUUGCCUUUGGAGAGGAAAUUUCUGCAAACUCAAAUUGAAAAAGCUUCCGACUUCAAGAAAUGUCAGACUGCGCUUCAACUCUGGAAUCGAGUUUCAGAACAAAGUCGCGGACGAAAGUCUAGACUUGACUCCAUCAACUCAAGUUACAAUCUCUCUGCUAGUUUGACGAACGAACUCAAUUGGGUUGAGGCUAAAAUCGAUUACUUGAGCUCCACUGUCUCUCUGACGAAAGAUCCUCAAAAUGCUCGCGAUUUGAAGCUAGCUCAGCGAAGUUGCAAGAAGCAUCAAGCAAUGGAAAGUGAAGUGAACGCUCACGAAGCUCUCUGGGAGGACUUGAAACGCACGGCGGAGCAGUUCAUUUCCACUCGAUCAGCAAAUGGAAGUAUCGACGAAAGCUCACUUGCCGAUACGCUCAAAUCUAUCCGCUCUCAAGUGGCAGGUGUUACUUCCGCAUGGAAUCAUCUUCAACAGGAGAUGAAAGCCCGUCAAGAUGCUCUGAAUGAGUGUCUGGAGUCUGCUCAAUUCUACGCCGAUGCUGAUGAAGCUUCCAGAUGGAUUCAAGAAAAAAUUCACCUUGUGGAAUCAGCUGGAAUUUUAAGGCAUCCCGUUGAAGGAGAUCAGGAAUUAGAUAAGGCUUUAAAACUGUGUGGAAUGGACUCAAGCUCAACAAUGGCGCAAAAAAGGCGUCUAACAAAUCUUCAGACAGAAAUGAAUGCUUUCCAAUCCAAUGACCUUCAGCGUCUUAAAUACUACUCAACGCUACUGCGAAAACCCACUGAAAGUAGUCUGAUAAGACCUGAACGUAUUGCUCAAAAUAAAGAUGACGAGAGCUCAGACAUUGACAGUGACAAUGAAUUUAAAGCAAAUGGUAGCCAGAUUGCAGGUGGCCCUUCAACGACUAUUGAAGGUCGUGCACAAGCCAUUGCUCGUUAUAUUGCUAAGGAUCCGGCUGGAAGAGAUAUUGAUUUAGAGAAGGGAGAGAUGGUCGCGUUGAUAGCUUGCACUAAUGCUGAUUGGUGGCAUGUGAGAAGGAACGUCAGAGGCCAACGAAAUGAGGGAUUUGUUCCUGCUAAUCGUUUGAAGCUCCUUGUUGCUCCUGUUGUCAGAAAGAAAAGUUCCAAUGCUGAGGCUCUUAAGGUUGUAAAGCGAGAAGCCACUCGUGGAUUGAGCAUUCGUAGGACUCCGUCUGCACGAACCAGCAGUCAACUGCACUUCGAUAAGGAGAACAUUUUCAAGUGUGAGCAACGAGUCAUGCAGGAGUUCGAUCAGCUUCAGAAAUGUGUCAGGGCGAGAGACAACUGUCUUCAGGACACUUUGGCAUGGCACGACUUUGCAAUGAAAUGCAAUAACUUCGAUGCUUGGAUGGCCCAGAAGGUAACUGAUCAGUUACAACGUGACAGUAGAAACAUGAAGAAUCAUGGCCCUGAAGGCAUGCAUGUUGAAGCAAGUUCCAAUUAUAAAUGCUCUCUACAAUACGCAGCUACAAUUGAGGAGAUCUCAAAAGGAGCCCCACUUCUUGCUGAGAUAACCGAAUUAGCAGGAAUUUUGUCUGGAAAUGUGAGACCAUCUGAAAGAUCCCUUUACAAGCGCGGUAGUGGAGAUUUGUUCUACAAAAAACUUGCCCUGAAACGAAUGAAUGAGAUUCAAAACCAAUGGGUUGAACUGAACAAACGAAGAUCAUCUCUGGAAUCUAUUCUAGCAGGUUCUGGAAGUUUGCGUCAGUUCGAUAAAUUGGCAGACACAAUGGAGACUCUUCUGGAAGAUCGGAUCAUCCAAUUAGAGGCCAUGCCUUCUACGGCACCUAAUAAAGAGGCCAGUAAUGACCUUCUGCGAAAAGUUAGAGCAAUCAAGAUUGAGAAGCCGUCAUUGAAUGAAAAGUUAUCUCGCCUGAGAUCUACAGGAAAUAGUGUGGUACAGAAUCAUCCAAGCGAUGCUGCUUCAGUUAAAUCACGUCUGCAAGGGAUUGAUAAAUCUUGGUUCAAACUUCAAGAACUUCUGAAACGUCGUGAGGAGGCGUAUGCAACUGCAGUGGCAGAUAUGGAUUUCAGAGAGAAAAUGGCCGAUUUAGAGGUCAAAUUGAAUGAUGCAGAAGAACAGAUUAGUUUAUUGGUACCUUGUGGUGAAAUUACUGCCAAUAAAACAGUAUUCCAAAACCUCCUUCCAAGUGAUGUUUUGAAGGAAAGGCUUCGAAGGGCAGAUGAUAUCGAUGAUGAUUUGAAUAUCUACGACGCCGACUCUGCGGAAUUAUGUGAACAAGUUAAACGACUUCCAGAGGGUGUUUCUUCCAAGGAAAAUCUUCGGAAAAAGGCAGAUCAAUUGGCACUGAAUAAUGAGAAACUUAAGCGUGAUCUUGAAGGCAAGAGGGAUGACCUUGUGAAUAGCAUCAAAUCCCAGGCUUUCGCUGUUGCAUUGGAUGCAAUCGAAGGCAACAUACGCGAACAGGAUACUCGUUUGCAGAUGACAGAACCUCUGGCUUCUCUGACAGAUGUGGAGAGGGAAAAACGCCGAAUUGAUCAGAUAAAGAUUGAAUUGCUGAAGAAUAUCACUUCAAUAGCUGUUAAUGAAGAACGCAUAGAGGGCACGAAAUUCCCCAAGGAACUCAAUGAACCACUGAUGAUUAAAUGCAAGUCCGUUCGAGAUGUCGCAAGUGGAGUUAUGAAAAGAGCGGAGUCGAGAGAAGACGAAGUUGAAAGAGUCAAAACUCAUGCUAAUUUCCAUGACGAUGCUAGUGAUUUGAAGGAGUGGUUGGAUGAGAAGAGAGUCGCUGUGGAUAAUAUUCCAACGAGCAUAACUGGAACCGACCCCAUGGAAGCCUUGCGUCAAAUUCGUGGUCGCUUAAAGAAACUGGAGGACAUCGAUGCAGAGUUGACAGCAAAUGAAAAGGCUCUUGAGGAUUGGAGAUAUCGUUCUGAUCAUUUACCCAGUUGUUCUGACGCGAUAAACUUCCCAAGUCCACAGAAGCGUAUUGAAGAUAUCGAUAGAAAAUUAGCAGACCUUCAAGGAGCAAUCGUUUCUAAAAGUGCUGACCUUUCCAAGGCUGAAAUUGCGGCACAAUUUAAUAGUGAUGCUAAUCAGCUCAUUAAAGCAUCUCUUGCAACAACUCAGCAGUCCGCUAUUCCCAAAGAAUUUACCGAGGAGGAAGAAAAUCAGCCCCUCACAAUACCUCGUACCUACAUCGAGGCCGUGGAUGCCCUAAAUGAUUCCAAGAGACGCAGGCAAAAGUUGGCAGACGAUCUGGCAAAGUUGAACGCGCUUGAAGAGAAAGCCAAGCGGGCGGGUGCACUAACUCCUACAUUAGUCGCUCAAUUGGGAAAAGAAAGAGAACGAAAUGAUGAAUUGGUUGGUUGGUACUCACUAGCGGAUGAAAUGGAAAUGCUCAAAAAUUGGGCGGACACUCAAUUCGCUCAAGUUCAGAAAGAUCUUCGUGGUAGAUCGACCUCCCGCACUACUCAGGACUACGACGGUCAACGCAAGGUUCAUGAGCGAUUGAAGGAUGAGAAGAAACGUAGAGAUUCACGUGUUCAACAACUUUUGGACGCUAAACAACGACCAAUUCCAAGGUCCUGGUACCAAAAGUUGAAUGAAAAAAUGUCCCCUCAACAAUUCUACUUGAAUCCUUGA